AUGCUAUUUGUAUUCUACUGUUUUGUUCUUACCGUUUUGGCUUCCCUAAUACCAGAAGGAGAAGGUAAUUGCCGCAAUUUAAAGUUUACCAGUUUUCCUAAACUUGGCUACCGGUUGGAGAAUCACACGGUUCGAACUAUUGACGUUGUCAACAAGGAUCUCUGCAUGUUUCAAUGCUACCUGGAACCUAACUGCGUCAGUUAUAACUUCUGUGAGAUAAACCAGUCGUCUGGAAAACAUAAGUGUGACCUAAAUAAUGCGACUAUUGAACACGGUGAAGGCCUGGUGGAAUACAAAAGUUGUAUUUACCGCGGAGCAGAGAAUGCUUGUAAGCAGAAUCCUUGCAAGAAUAAUGCAACAUGCCAAGCUGGGUUUACAGACAGUGACUAUCAGUGUUUGUGUGUUGAUGGAUCUGGAUUUAAAGGCCAUGAUUGUGAUGAGGAUCUAAAUGAGUGUAUGAACGGAACACACCACUGUAAUGUAAAUACCAAGUGUAACAAUGCAACGGGGCGCAUUUUACAUAUGAUCUCGAAGUAUUUACGUUGUCAAGGAACACUUGGUAUGGAAAACGAUGUAAUCACCGAUGAGCAGAUAAGUUUCUCGUCCCAAGAAGAGAAUGACGCAAAAAUUGUAAGAUUACAUCACACAGGGACGACUUGGGUAGCUGAUAGGAAGGAUUCUAAUCCGUGGCUUCAGCUCGAUCUCAGAGCUCAAAACACUGAAGUAACACGAGUAGCAACACAGGGAUCCCAUCAACAUAACAAAUGGGUGAAGAAGUACAAGCUACAAUACAGCAACUAUGGAGUGAGAUUUCAAAACUACAAAGAACAAGGACAAACCAUAUCAAAGGGCGGGCACGUACCGCGCAUUUUAAACAAAAACAUUUAUUUCACAUCUUUUAUGGUACAGGAAUUUAAGGGAAACACAGACAAGAACAAAUGUGGAAGAUUUCUCGGCAUGCAAAGCGGUGAAAUCUCUGACGAACAGUUAAGCACCUCUUCAGAGAGAGACUCUAACCACUCCGCCACUCAGAGCAGACUUCAUGUUGUAAAUCCUGACAGAGAGGGAUCUUGGGCAGCUAAAAAUAAUAAUACGGAUCAGUGGCUCCAAGUUGAUCUGGUUAUUCUGCACACUAUAGUGACACGUGUGGCAACACAAGGAAGUAAUGGACCCAAGAGGGAGUGGGUUACAAAGUACAUCCUGCAGUACGGCAACGAUACAGAAAUGUUCUACAAUUACACAGUCCCAGAACAAAACACAAUGAAGGUUUUUGCUGGAAACAUUGAUCAGAAUACCGUGGUUUAUCACGACCUAAACCCACCAAUCACAGCGCGAUACAUUCGUUUUAAACCAGUGGAGUGGCAGGACUGGAUAUCAAUGAGGGUAGAAUUGUAUGGCUGUGUACAAGGAUUUACAGCUGUGUUUACAAAUCUUGGUAAGAUUGGAUCAGAGGGUCCAAAGUCGAUUGGUAGUCAUUACAAAGAUCAAGACCAUAACGGACAAGUAACAGUGUCCAGCAGUAUUCUAGUGUGGACUGUGCCACGCACUGGUGAAUACAGAAUAGAAGCAAUAGGAGCCUCAGGGGGGUUCAGUGAGGACAGUAUCAUAAAAACCGGAGGGAGAGGGGCACGAAUGAUUGGAAACUUUAAUUUGGCCAAAUAUGAGAUCAUUCAUGUACUUGUUGGUCAAAAAGGGGGAAAAGGGAAUUCAAACCCAAAAACUGCCGGAGGUGGAGGAGGUACAUUUGUAGUGAAAGAAAACAACAAGCCUUUGAUUAUAGCUGGAGGUGGAGGAGGAAUUAAAUGUGUAUUGGAACAACAUCCAGGAUGUGAUGCGUCCAUAAACACAACAGGGAAUGGAGGGUAUAACUUUCCAUUGGGUUCAGGAGGAAGCAACGGAAAUGGAGGAAAGGCCAGUACAAAAUAUUCAGGUGGUGGCGGCGGCGGCUUCUACAGUAAUGGACAAAGUGCUUCGAGCGGUUCUGGUCAAGGAGGUAAAGGAUAUCUUCAAGGAGGAGAGGGUGGAAAUGGUAAGGGUGGGUUUGGAGGUGGCGGUGGUUUACGUGGAGGUAACCGUGGAGCUGGAGGCGGUGGAGGUUACUCUGGAGGAAAUGGUGGAGUUAAUGAACAGUUUUCUUGUGGAGGAGGGGGUGGAUCUUUUAACAAUGGGACAAAUCAGCAGAAUGAAUGUUGUUUUAACAGGUAUGGACAUGGUAGAGUGAUCAUCACGUUUCUCCAGUGA